AUGAUAUCAGAGGACACUUAUCGAAUUCAUCGUAUUAUUAUUUAUUGUUUUGUUUUAUUUUUGGAAGUGUUUGGACUAUUUGGGAAUAUUAAUUUGGUAGUUUUAACAAUUAGAAAAAAGUCGUUAAGGACUAAAUAUGGUUGCAUUUUGGGAAUUCUUGCCACAUUGCACACACUUUGUCUUCUAUAUGAACUUGUGGAUAUGAGUUUCAGCGUAGCUGCUUCGUAUUAUUAUUACAAAAUUGACCGUCAAACAUGCUUCCUUGUAAUUUUUCCAUACAUUUUUCUUUAUUCAAUGCAAACUGGUACAAUAUGGGUUUUAUCAGUAGAUUUAUUGAUAACAAUUUUAUAUCCUAUUAAAAGUCGGAACUUUCACGUUCCCGUGUACUUUGUGAUCUUAUUUUUGUUACCAGUUGCAUAUGGAGCUAUUUUUGUAGGAUUUGGAUUUAUGUAUCUCGUUGAGGAAGCUUUGCCGAUGUGCAAUCCACCAUCGGCUCUUCAUCCAAUUGUCAGAUCCUAUUGGUAUUAUGUUAUGACGGCUUUCUCCGUAUUAACUGUAAUUUUCUAUGUUUCUGCGUUUGCUCUUAUCUAUUUCAAGGGCCGCCGUGAGAAUACAGAUCUUCGAUUUAUUGAGAGAAAAGCCCUGAACACACUGAAAUAUUUGAUACUUUUAUUUCUAAUGUUUCGAUUUAUCACUAUUACGAUUACAAGUAUUAUGAUUGCAAUUAGGAUUGAUCAGGAAGUUGUCGAAAUGGUACAAAACUAUAAUGUUCUCGCGGUGGUCGUUGCUUAUUCACAGAAUGCUUAUAUUUGCUACUACAGAAGUUCGGAGUAUCGAAGACUGCUCAGCGAGCAAAUUUCAAAGAUUCAUCCAAAAUUGGGAGCACUUUUACCAAAAUUAUCAAAUGAGUCAAGUAGUAUUGUAGGACAACGUUGGCGAAACUCUACUGUAUCAAUUGGUCAGACAAAAAAGAUUAAAGACAACAGACACUAA